AUGGCCUCUACACUGACGCUCGCUUCUGCUCCCUCAGCCGACGCCCCGGCACCGCCAUGGCAUGCGGCUUACCCAGCGCCGAGGAAUCCGCAGCCGGAAGUAAUAACUCGCGAGGAAGUCCUGGCAAUGAUGAAAGGCCCAGAAUCUGCUGGUAAAGAUUUUAUUCUCGUCGAUCUUGGGCGGGCCGACCACGAGGGUGGAACGAUUCGAGGGUCGAUUAACCUUCCCGCGCAGAGCCUGUACCCGACAAUCCCUGCACUUUACAGCAUGUUCAAAGCAGCCGGCCUUCGAAAGGUCAUCUGGUACUGCUCCUCUUCGCGCGGGCGUGGCACCAGGGCUGCCGGCUGGUUCGCCGAUUACAUUGCCGACCGUGAGUGCACUGACAUGCAGAGCUUGGUUUUGUUCGAGGGGAUAAAGGGUUGGGCGAAGGCAGGUGAAGAAUUCGUAGAAUGGAUGGAUGAGUACAGCAAGGAGACCUGGCAGCAGAGUGUCGCCAUGGACACCGGCCACGGCGACUUGAACAACCGAUAUGCCGCCCGGGAGACGGUGGAAAUCGUAGUAGACUCUGAAUUCCGCAACGUCUCCUUCGCCAUCGCGGAGGAUGAAGAUGAUGCGGAAAUUCGGAAUCGCUACCGUCCAUUCUUGCUCAGCGAUAGGCAUGCCGCCGACGAUUGGAUCACUUCUCUUGAACUCAGCACGGCCUUGAAGAUGGUAAAGAAUGAAAUCUUAGACAAGGGAGAGGAUCGGCUGCGUAUCCUCGUCCUCUAUGGCAGCCUCCGGACUAGAUCGUAUUCGCGUUUAUUAGCCUACGAAGCUGCGCGUAUCCUAUUCCGUCUCGGCUGCGACGUCCGGGUUUACGAUCCCAGUGGUCUACCCCAGAAGGAUGACGUCCAACAUUUGCACGACAAAGUUCAAGAGCUCAGGGAACUAAGCAAGUGGAGCGACGGCCACGUUUGGGUCAGCCCAGAGCAACACGGGAACUUGACUGGCAUCUUUAAGCAGCAAAUCGACUGGAUCCCUUUAUCAAGCGGCUCCGUCCGCCCAACGCAAGGCCGGACCCUUGCCAUCGCGCAGGUUAGCGGGGGUUCUCAGUCCUUUAACGCGGUGAACUCGCUUAGGAUCCUAGGACGAUGGAUGCGCAUGUUUACUAUCCCAAACCAGAGUUCCGUGCCCAAGGCUUACACGCAGUUCACUUCCGACGAGGAGGGCAGCCGCAUGAUGCCGAGCUCUAACCGCGAGAGGCUUGUCGACUGUAUGGAGGAGCUGGUGAAGUAUACUAUUGUUAUGAGGCCGCACUUUGCUUUGUUUGGCGAUAGAUAUAGUGAGCGGGAGGAGCGCAGGGGCAAGAUUGAGAAGCCUCGCUGCCAAUUUUGCGGCAUACAUUUCCUUAUCGGCCGCCACAGAAAACCCGAUGAGCCCCGUUCUGCUGCGUGGAGUGGAACUGAUCGCACCCAAUUUCCAAUUGACUAUGGUACGAGCAUCCCGUUGAAGCCCAGUGAACGGGAAAAGAAACAUGAGGCCAUGACUGCCAAGCUAAUUAUCGUUGGUCAUUCACUAGGAGAAGCAUGCGAUGAGACGACUGGGUGUCGUCUCGUAUACCGUGGUGAUAUCUGGAACAGUGAUCACGACCAGAAUCUCUACAAGGACGACCCGGACCGGGUCGAGGAAUCCACGGAUGAAACAUACCAGCCGCCAUCGGGCUCAGAGAGCGGUGACGACCCUCUCGAAUAUGACUCCGACGUAUCGGAUGAUUGCUCCUCUCCCCUUAAUGCCGAUUCUGAAGGAGACAGCGAGAUCGAGGCCGGCGAUGAGCAACCGUGGACAUUCACCGUAUCCGGUCCAGCCUCUCCUACUCACGACACUGACUUCCUACCCCUGAAUGAGGCAAAAAAGGGACUGACCUCCCUGAACCGUAUUGUCGAGGGUCCCCGACUGCUGUUUGAACAUAUCUCCGGCCCCGGAUGCAAUUCUCAGCUAUGCUACUCUGGCUACCAAAUCUCGGCAGAGGAAAUGCGGGGCUGCAUGACCAUUCAAGCUCUUGUUUUAAAGGCGAAUGACUGGGCCCCCGAAGAAGACGACUUUGACUUCGAGUCGAAGUCUCGAUAUCGUCUCACUGGCCUAGCUUCAAUGACUGGGGGCAUUUUUGGGAGGAUAACUUUCGGCCCUCGGCGGCACGGAGUCGAAAGUCGUGAUAGCUUAAACGGUGUUAUUUCCUCCAUGAGUUAUCCUUUGAGUUGGCUGGUACAUCUUAAUCUUCGUCUUAGCCCUCUGUUCCCGCCGGCAGAUCCCGAUGACAUUACCUUUCCCUUCCACCCAACCUGUUUCGAACUCUUUCGCCAAGUAUCCCUGAAGGUCCUUGGUCAAUUCGAUAUCGGCGGCUUGAUUCUUCUGCACAAGAUGAUAGACUAUGGAAUGUGGAAAGACAUGCUGGGUAGGAUUCACCCUACGACGUGGCCUUGCUUGAAAGGCUCCGAGCAUCUCGCCGCUAAUCCGAUCUUGAUUCCACCUAUGAUGCCCAUUAUCGCCGCAGCACGUUUAACCACCCACGGGUCUCUCAAGAUGGAUGUGGAUGACAGUCCGUUCCCGUCCAAAAGAGGUGGCAAGGAUGAAACCGAGGGAGAGAGCGAGAGUCAGAGGGGGGCUACCAGCAAGUCAGGCACAGAUAUAUUUUUCAAACUUCCGCAGGAGCUCAUCCAUGAAAUUGUGGGCCAUCUCGGGUCAAAGGAUAUCGCGUCACUGAGACUCGCCUCCCGCGCGUUUACCCACAUCCCCAUCUUUCUUUGGCACAGGCUCGUUGUCGAAGAGAUGCCCUGGCUUUACGAAGCUUGGUCGACCACGGUGACCCCUUAUCCGUGGGUGACGAAUGACGCCGUGGAGCAAGUCCAGCUCGAAGAGAUUCGGCGCAGGGCAUCCGUCAACUAUUCCGCUGAGAACAGGUCUCGGGCAGAAGCCGUCCGCCAGGAGAUGCCGGAAAUUUUCGAUGAGUGGUACGCUGACUACAUCGACUUCGAGUGGAGAGGACUGGAGAAGUCGGCGGAGGAAAGGGAAACGGAGAAACUCUGGCCAAUGGCUCUACCCGUUGCUGGGACAAACUGGUACGUGUUGUACAGAGAGUUUACCGCGAAUUGGGACAAGUUGAAGGGGUUGCAGAAUCGGAAGAGGAUCUGGGAUGAUGUGGUGGAGAUUGUCAAGCGGAUUAGAGAUAUUCGGGACCGCGAAUAA